UCCACAUACCUACCCCGAAUCUGGACCCCGCCAGCCCACUUCCUUUUCCUUACCCACCAUACCAGACCCAAAACCAGAACCAGACCAUUCUACCCCUCAUUCUUACCAACCCAACUCCACCCAUUCUCUCUCCUCCCUUCUCAUCAGCACACACUCACCAACCCCAUCCUACCUUAAUUCCCCAUUUUACCCCCCGCCCAUUCCCAUUUCCCCUCCUUCGUUCAAAACUCCCCUUUUAUAUCCUCCCUUCCUCUUCCCCUGUUUUCCUUAGGAAGUCCCUAUUCUCUCUUACUUCCAACUCCAACAACUCCUUUCUCCCUUCUCCCACUCAUUCAAAUCUCAUCCAUGGAGCUCAAUCAGCAGCAGCCGGCGGCGGAGGAAAUCAUCUUCCGCUCCAAAUUGCCCGACAUCGACAUCCCCAACCACCUCCCCCUACACUCCUACAUCUUCCAGAACAUCUCCAACCACGCCGACCGCCCCUGCCUCAUCGAUUCCCUCUCCGGCCAGAUCCUCACCUACGCCGACGUCCACCUCACCGCCCGCCGCGUCGCCGCGGGGCUCGACACCCUCGGCGUCAAGCAGGGGGACGUGAUUAUGCUCCUCCUCCCUAAUUGCCCCCAAUUCGUCCUCGCCUUCCUCGGCGCCUCCUUCCGGGGCGCCAUUGCCACCGCCGCCAACCCCUUCUUCACCCCCGCCGAGGUCGCCAAGCAGGCGAAGGCCUCCGGCUCCAAAUUAGUCAUCACGCAGUCCGCCUUCGCCGAUAAGGUCAGGGAUCUCGCCGCAGACGGCAAGAUUAAAGUCGUCUGCGUGGAUUCCGCCGCGGUCCCGGACUGGUGCUUGCAUUUCUCCGAAUUGACCGGCGCGGACGAGGCGGCGGCGCCGGAGGUCGAGAUCGAGUCCGACUCGGUGGUGGCGCUGCCGUACUCUUCCGGCACCACGGGGUUGCCCAAGGGGGUGAUGCUGACUCACAAGGGGCUGGUGACGAGCGUGGCGCAGCAGGUGGACGGCGAGAAUCCGAAUCUCUACUUCCACUCCGAGGACGUGAUCCUGUGCGUGCUGCCGAUGUUCCACAUCUACGCGCUCAACUCGAUCAUGCUCUGCGGGCUCCGGGUCGGGGCGGCGAUCCUGAUUAUGCCCAAGUUCGACGUCGGGGCGCUCCUGGAGCUGAUCCAGAGGUACCGGAUCACCAUCGCGCCGAUGGUGCCUCCCGUGGUGCUGUCGAUUGCCAAGUCGCCGGACACGGAGAAGUACGAUUUGUCGUCGAUUCGGAUGCUGAAAUCGGGGGCGGCGCCGCUGGGGAAGGAGCUGGAGGAUGCCGUCAGGACCAAGUUCCCAAAUGCCCGACUCGGCCAGGGAUAUGGAAUGACAGAGGCAGGACCAGUGCUGUCGAUGUGCCUGGCAUUCGCCAAGGAACCGUUUGAGAUCAAGCCGGGUUCCUGUGGAACCGUUGUCAGGAAUGCUGAGAUGAAGAUCGUCGACCCUGAUACUGGAUUCUCCCUCUCCAGGAACCAGCCUGGCGAGAUUUGCAUCCGAGGCCAUCAAAUCAUGAAGGGGUACCUGAAUGAUCCCGAAUCCACAUCAAGAACAAUAGACAAAGAAGGGUGGCUACAUACCGGCGACAUUGGGUUCAUUGACGACGACGACGAGCUCUUCAUUGUUGAUAGGUUGAAGGAGAUUAUUAAGUACAAAGGUUUCCAGGUUGCCCCUGCUGAACUUGAAGCCUUGCUACUUGGUCAUCCUGAGAUUUCUGAUGCUGCAGUUGUGGGGUUGAAAGAUGAGGCCGCCGGGGAAAUCCCAGUAGCAUUCGUCGUAAAAUCGGAUAAAUCUGAGCUUACUGAGGAUUCAAUCAAGCAGUACGUCUCUAAACAGGUGGUGUUCUACAAGAGAGUAGGCAAGGUGUUCUUCAGGGAGUCGAUUCCAAAGGCACCCUCUGGGAAAAUACUGAGGAAGAAUUUGAGAGCAGAGCUGGCUGAUGGUGUCAAACACUGAUCAACCACCGGUUACCAUUACAACUAUUGUUUAUUAACCCAUCCAAAAAGAAAGCUUAAAAAGGGGUCCUGAAGCGAACCUGUGUUUCUCUUUCUCACUUUCUUCCUUCUCAACUUUCUUCUCUUCCCUUUUUUGCGCCCUUUUUUCCUCUCUCUUUUGGCUAUUUGUCAAUUCUCAUAUGAAUAUUUCCCCACGAUUGCUUGUGUAAAAGUAAAAGACAGGGUGGAACAAUCAAGAAUGUACUUACUAUUGUUUGUGAAAUUGAAUCAAUACAAGAAGAAAACAAUAUCCAUGUUGUUUUUCAAAAGCUUCAGCAGAGCUCACUCCCAUGAAUGGAGUCGUAGACUCGUAGUGCUUACGCAUUUUCGGACCACGAGGAAUUUUUUCAAAUAUAUCAUCCAAAUAUUAAAAAGCUUCAAAAAUACUAUCUUUUAAAAAAAAUUCAUUAAGAGUAGGGAUGGCAAAAACAUUCGUAACCGUGGAUAUCCGCCCGAAUCCGGCCUAACCAGGUAGGACCCGAGUUCGAAGGACAUUUAGUGGGUACGGGUAAAACCCGAAUCCGAAUAUUGUGGGUAAUGGGUGGGCAUGAGUUUCUCACUAUUCAAUCCGAACCCGUCCGAUUAUACACAUGCAUAUGUAUUUUUAUCAAGAUAUAAUCAUUAUUUUCCUCUAACAUAUUUUAUAUUUAGCAUAUAAAAAUAAUAUUUUCAUGAAAUGGUGUUAUUUUAAUUGAUUUUCUUCAUUCUAGUGAAUUAUUGUCGUACAUUUCAUCUUACCUAAUGUGAGAAUACGUGUGAAUGUUAACGUAUUGGUUGGAGUUAUGAAGAGGAAUUAUUACCCAUGGAUACCUGAAAACCGAUCGGGUAUGGGCAUGGUUAUGAUUUUCUACCCGUUUCACAUGUGGGUAUGGGUAUGGAUAAAACCCGAACUACUUUGGGUAGGGUAAUGAAUAUGCACUAUCCGCCCCCGACCCGACCCAUUGCCAUCCCUAAUUAAGAGUAUCCUUUUUCAAAAACCGUAGCCCUCCAUGGCGGUUUAAACAAGUACCGCAGGGGGUGCUGUGGUUUUUGUUCUUGCCGCCUAAAGACCACGUGGGGUCGCUGCGGUGAGAUUAACCGUGGUCCGCACGCGUUUUUCAUGCAAACCGCCACAUUCCCGUGGCUUGCACAUAGUUUUUUUUCCGAUGAAUGUCUAACCUAGGACGAAACUAUAAACAAAUGUAACUUUGUGCUCGGUUAUUUGAUUGUAGUGAUUUUUUUUAUUCGACAUAAUUUUUCAAGAUCUGGCAAGCCGCAAACCGCCGGUCCCGCCUUCGUCUCAAGAAAAUGUCAUUUUCUAC